AUGGCGUUGAUAACACAUCAGACACAGGUAUGUGAUUCAGAAAAAACUGUGUCUCUCUGAUUCUGUUUCUUUCUUUCUUUCUUUUUCUUCUUCUGACCACGUGAAGUUAGACUGUGCAUAACGUGGUAUCUGCCUUAUUCACAUUAAUCCUGUCAAAUUAAUCAUUUAGAUCUUGCUUUUUCUUUACUUUAUGCGUUAAAUUGACCAAAAUCUGAUUUUUUUUUAAUCCAUUGUAUAUUUAAGCUUAUAGAAUGUAUUUUUUAUUGCAUACCAGGGUUAUUCUGCCUUAUCUGUAAGAGCAGAGCCAUGUUCCACAGGGGCGAAGUUUAACAGUUUUGUAGCUUUCCAGCUAGGUCGAAGAGCAGACAGACUAGGAUCCCUGAGGCAUCACAACCACUUCAGGUGAGAGCCAUGUUGCUGCCUGUCCAAAUUUUAAUAUUCUGGCUUGGAUUUAUUAUCAUGUAAGACCGGUCGGAUGUAAUGUGUUGCAUAUUACCGUAGUUAAAUCUAAGACAAACUGAAAGUUAACGACCCAUAUUGUUUCCAGUUCUAUGACAAUUCACCAUUAGUUCCAUUUUCGAUAACUUCGUUCUGUCUACAUUGGAUUCACUCGUCUAAGGCCUUUUGUAUAAGAGGGAAGUGUAUUCUAAUUUUUCGUUCAGUGAUUUUUCGUUUUGAUUUCUAAGAAACCAACUGGCGGGAUGGAAUAACAGCCAAUCCAUUCUUAUUUUCUGAAAUCAGCAUUUUCUGCUAUGACAUUUCAUGUUCUGAAACACUCUGCCUGAGAUUUCUCAUCAUUGUUCUGACUCAGUAAAUGAUUACUUGAUAUAUGGUCUAAAAUUGGUCCUGGUAAAAGUUAUGCCAGGGAUUGUGGUAAAGUAUUUGAUAGCACUUCUCUACUCGGUUGUUUAAGUGUUAGCUUGUGAAUAUGAUUAUCUGAAAGCUUUUCCUGGUCGGGUCUAUGAUACGGCAAAGAUUUUUCUGAUGGGACCGGCCUUUGCUCUCCUAAUUCACUUUCAUGGCCGUGGGAAUGAUUAAUGGUAGCAUUUUUAAUGGUCUGUUUCCGUCUUCUUUUCUCAUCCAGAGGUCUAGAAUUACUUACAUGAACCCAUCAUUCAGCCUACAAAAAAAAGGGACUAUCUUCUUCAUUAUUUUAGUUAUGAUAUCUUUUGAGGAGUAUCUGUGCUCCGUCUGAUGUAGGAAGACUAAAUCUGGUAGUAUCUUAUAGUAACUUCACACUGAAGCCAUAUAAAUGAAUAACUGCUGCAUCAUUUAUUAGUUCAUUUGUGCUGUGAUUAUCCACACAUUUGCAUGGUUAUCAACCUUCUUUAAGAUUUAAUAUCCAUCAAGUAAUUAAUGUUGCACAUUGUGGUUGCAUUCAAUGUAAAAAUCAUCCCCUUAAGGCUUCAUGUACUCAAUCAUGCACAAUUUUUACACUAUCCUACGCAUGACCUUCUGCAAAAUGAAUCUCAGUUAUCUAUUGUUAAUCAUCUCAUCAAUAUGACCCGAGUGUAAACUAUAUUUUCCAGAUGGAAUGUGAUAGUUGAUUGAUGGACUGAAAAUAAAUUCAUGCUCCCUUCCAUUCCACGGAAGCUGUUUAUUUUAAAUCUAAAAACUUCAAAAAAAGUCUCAUUUCUAUUUCAUCCUGUAGAAAUGAACAGAACAUGCUAUUUCAUUGAUGUAAUCUUACAAAAGAUUGAUGGUUAGGCUGUUAGCUCACAUCUCAUUCCUUUUCAUGUUUAUGCUAAACUUUUGAAAUGUUACUCAUUGGAGAGAAUACCCUUUGCGAUAUACCUACUUUCCGAUAUAAUCUGUGUUUUCAACAGAAAAAACACCCUCUACAUUUUUUGUAUCAAAAUAUUAUAGAUCGUCUAUUCAAAAUAUUUAUUUGCUCUCAGGCUUUGAGGACAGUAACAUGUAGUAUCCAAAAUGCAAAGAGAGAGAAUGAUAGUAGACUUCACCCAUUUCUGCCAAUUCUGGCAAUUCCUAAUUCAACAAUAUUAACAUGCCAAUAAUUUGUCUCAGACAUAUAAUUUUCCCACUCACUAUAUUGAAUCGAAUGUAAAGCCUUUAUCAGAUUGUAAAAAUAGAGUGUCCACAUUAAGAUUCAGUUUUAGAUGAAUAAUGAGCAUAUUAUUUCCUACAGCUUCCCCAGUCUCAAAAGCCUAUCCGAGUAGGAAAUUUUAUUGUGAUUUCUGCUGCGCCAGAAUAAUUAUCCUUUUGUGGAUAUCUGACACUUGCUAAUACGCUGCAAACAACACUAUACUCUGCAUUUUCUGACAAACAUUUUUGCUGCUUGCGUUUUCUGUAUUUUCAUAUUUCAAUAUUUCUCAAUCCAUGCACAAUGCUGCUAAAUUAUUUGUGCUUAUCCUGUUGGCUGUUAUUGUCAGGGGCAAACCGUAUGUAUUGUCAAAUCAGAAACCUUUCAAGAUUUCUUCAUUCAAAAGCAGUGGCCAGACAGAUGAAUCCAAUGAGACAGACAGGGCGUCCAAGUUCUUCAGGAAAUCAGUUCAUCCUUCCUGUGUCUCAGAGGAAAGAGAGGAAACCCUCACAGCUUCUCCUGAUGUAACAUCAAGUAUGCUGUCAUCAGAAAAUAGAGAUGACACUGUAACCAGCUCUCAAGCGAUUAAAAAUCUGUUUAAGAAAUGGUCAAUCAUGCUGCACUCACAAACUUUGAGUGUAGCUAUGGACGACGUUUAUUCUGAAAGACCUACUGAUAGAGUUCUUAAAAAUCAUGAGUGUUCUCCUGAAGAAAAAGCCAAAAGCAUAUUUAAGGCUGCAUUUCUUCGUUUUAUGGGGCUGGAUGCAACAAUAAAAAUUCCAUUGUUGAUAUUGUAAGUCUUUAGAGUAUCCGUUCUUCUAUUUAUUAGUUCCCAUUAACCUUUUCUUGAACAGAAAUUUUGUACAGUACAUUAACAAUUUAAAUUGCAUUAAGUGAUCCAUGAUCAGAAAACAUUAGUUCUAAGAACGGCACUGUUUGCUCAUCUAGAACAUGUAGAAGCGAGGACAAAAACGGAAUUACACUAUCUUAUUUUUCUGAUGUGUUUGCCUGCUUCACGUGAAGCCAUGAUUCUACAUUGGGGAGUAGGGCUUUUCUUCAUUUUUCGACUUUAUCUUGCUUCUUGAAUUAUGUUGUUCACACUUGGAAAGCUUCUGUGAAUAUCUAAUAGUCUAGCUGACAAGAAACAAGUAAUUAGACUUCUUAGAACAUACUAGCAACUAGUCCUUAUGUGAAGAAUAUACAAAAAUGUAGCUAAAACACUACAAGACUAAAAACGUUGUUUUUUAUUGUUUUCAAUCUUAUAAAGGUUGCUCCCAGUGGUGUAGUUCCGUUUAUAUGAAGCUCCAUGUGAAAUUGUUUCAUAUGGAGCUUCUAUAAAUCUUGAUUAUACGAUCAAAAGGAAUAUGUGAAAUGCUGAAAUAUUUUGAAUGAUCAUUUCGCUGGUUAUGAGUUUGUACUUUCCAUAUUUAUUUUGAGAUUUGAUUUAAUGGUUUAUUUAUUUGAACUUUAAGCGUCUAUUUAUUUUUGAAAAUUUGACAUUUUUCUGUUUGAGUUAAAAAAAAAACAAUAAAAUUCUACAACACCAAUUGAUCUACUUGCUUUUAUGCUUUUAUGCAGUAUCCCUUGGUAUUUCAUAAGCAGAGUGGUUUAUGGGGUUGAAGUCACGAAGGAAUUGACGCCCUUAUGGGUUCUUGGGCCACUGAUUACGGCUCUCUAUAUCAAGCUCAUUCAAGGGCUUUGUUUUCUUUACAUCUUCUGUUUCAAGCAGACCAUCAGAUUUUUUGAAAAUGUACCCAGUUACUCCAUGCUAUCUUACAACUUCAUUGCGGAGGGGAGACUCCAAGCAUUUAUCUAUGCUUGUCUCUGCCAGCCAAUAGUUGAUGCCAAGAACAUGGAUUACAAGGCACUGGGGAGGCAGAUGUUGAAGCAACUUAAAGAGUGGGCUGUUGAAACUUACCUGGAUUAUGUUGAAUCCAUUUGGCCCUACUAUUGCAGAACAAUCAGGUUUCUGAAGAAAGCAAACCUUCUUUAG